UUACAUGUGUUGCUGCAGUGGGGGGAGAAGAGAAGAGGCCGGAACGUUUGUGCGGGACUGGCGGCACCGGGGGCUGGUGUUGUGGCGCUGGGGCAACAUGGCGCUGUGCUGGGAUGUGCAGCCCAAAAAUGGGACUGAGGAGUUUUUCUCCCACGAGAUGUACAAUCGCUACUCCCUGGCUCCAACCUUCUCGGAAUUAUGUGAAAUGGUUAGCAGGCAAACGGUGGAAAGCAGCCAGACUGCCCGCUCCCCUGAGGUUCAGCAGCCGCCCAACACCAGCUCCAAGCCCGAAGCUGCUGCUCCGGCACCAGGCAAUACGACCCGUGAAGCUGCCACCUUCCCAAUCCCGGAGCCCAGAGUGCCCUAUCCCCGCUUCUCCGCCCUGACCGAGAGGGAGCAAAGGAGCUACGUGCAGCUCAUGCAAAGGUUCAAGAACACGCAGUGGGCCGCAAGGAUGCAGGGGCGAGUGUACGGCUGCCUGGCGCAGUAUUCCGAACUGAAGAAUACUGUGUGGAACGAGGUGCCAGAGUUCAUGAAGUACCUGCAGAAUGUGGCGCGGAUGUGUGCAGAGGAUUACGAUGUGACCUGUCAAGAUGCCGUCCGUUACACUGAGGAGGUUUUGCAAGCAUGGAAUGAUAGUCUGAAGAAAUUCCCAGAACUUUACACGGUCAAUGAAAUGACGAGCAUCAUGGGAGGGAAGUUCAUCCCAGACCUGACUCUGCGACUGGAGAAGAAGCUGCUGUGCCUGGGUCGAGCUACCUACCUGCGGGUCCCGUCUGCAGCCUCGGCAGCUCAGCUGACGACAGAUUAUAAAACCAUCGCCUCGUUUACUCCUCCUGCGUCCGCCAGAGCGUCUGCCUUCGAGUCGGAUAUUAGCGGUGAUGAGAAUGCGGAGAGGCUCAGUGUGAAGUAUGGAGCCAAAUUGGCCCUGACAAGCCGGGCACUGUUUACUCUGUUGAAUAACUGCGGACCCAAGUAUACAGAACCGUGGGAGCUUCCUGUACACGUGAAAACCAUCCACGGUGAAGGAAAUAAAAUGGAGAAAGUCAUCUUCAUCGACUCUCCUCUGCCCAAGAAAGAGCUUUCAACGAGAGAGAAGAAUUUGCUUUUUUAUGAAGUUCCUUUGGACUUAUUGAUGUCCAAGAAAAGUUACACAGCAAUGUCAAACCUGACACUGGACAAAGCAGAAAACAUCGACAUAUCGGAGGAGAUGGAGCACCAGAGGCCAGUCAAUGCCCCUGGAAGCGGCGAUUUGAAUUUUAACGCCGACUUUACCCAAUUAGAGACCUUUGGAACUAUUUCCUCAGAGGAUGUAAAGCCCAAAGAUGGCGGCCCCAGGGCUUGUAAGCGGACGGCCAAGGCCAAGGCCAAGACGGCCAAGCCUGCUCCUGUAGCAGGGGACAGUAAAGGCCAGGGGGUCCCCUCCUCACACCCGGACCCCGACAGCGGUAGAGAGCCGAGCUCAGUGGAAGCCAGUGAAUGCGGGCCACACUCCAGCAGCGACCAACAGAAGGCCAAGCCGAAGGAAGACAGAGGAGGGGAAGGGGAGAAGGAGAGGUUGGUGAGCUUUAAGGCUGCUAGUUCUCAAGAGUCGGACAGUGAUACCGAUGAGGAGCGGAUGGUGAUCGAUACCAGCUUCAUGGACAUCAAUGAAGCCCGUGACCCUGUGGAAGACGAUCUGCCGACGGUCCCAGAGAAACCUGAUCUUCCCAGUCCUGAGGAAAUCAUUCCAGAUACUCCCCGGUCUCCAUCUCCUGAGCGGGACCCCCCCAGCUGCCUGAAGACCAAGGCGCUGGCGUGCAAGAGGAAAGCUGCCAAACCCCUCCUGAAGGAGUUUGAUCCGGUGGGGCAGAUCCUGCGAAUGCAAUGUAAGCUCUUAAAGCCUAGCCCCAAACAACAGCCUGUUGAUCAGACCCAAGCAACGCAAGAAGCAAACUCCACCCGGCACAACCUGCCUGGACAACCACCGCUCAAUCACAACCCUCUCACCGCCCACAUUCCUCAAUCCCACCAUCCUGCUGCCUUGGGGAACGUUCCCACUUCCUUGGGAAAGACUGGCCAGAGCACGAGGACACAUCUCUUGCCGGAGGAGCUGCUGAAUUGUGAUGAAUCAGCAUCUGACUAUACGGAGCUGGCAUCUGGCAACGUGGCCUACAAACUCUUCAGUUUGUCCGACCUCCUCUUGCUCGUGCGUGGGAGUGUACACAAGACCCAGAUCAGGCCGCGCUCGAACAAAGGAGGCAGAAAGAAGCAUGUCCCAGUUUACGUGCUGCCAAAGUUGGAGUACCAACCCAUGUAUGGGAUAGAAGCCCUCACUGAGAGCGAAAUCUGUCAGUUAUGGACUGAAAGUCUCAUCAAUUCAAACUCCUGGUUUUAUAUCGGUCACAUUGACGUCUUCACAUCGAAGAUCCUGUUGAUCGACCAGUUCCCAGCAGCAUCUAUAACAGAAAAACUUGGAUCCUUCAACCCCGUCAACUCGAUAAACAUCCUUCACCAUAUACUGAGGAAGCUGACGAGCCUGCCGGAGGACCGCUACUUGGUCAGCCACUCUUCGGGGGAUUCGUCCAUCACCAUUUAUCGCACGUCUCAGGGAGGGAGGUUCACCAGAGCAGCCUACAACCUCCACGCUACGCACAGCACUCUGCCUGCCAUCCCAUCCACCCUCUCCGUGCCCUGGGUGCCCCUGGAUCCCAGCGUGCUGCUGCCGUUUCACAUCCACCACGGCAGAGCCCCCUGCACCUUCCCACCGAGACCUGCGGACAAUCCCCACGCCCAAAAGGUGGGUGUGGCAAAAGUAAAGAGAGAGAUUCACGGCCCAGGAGGGGCGGUUGCCACGGAGACAAAGAGUCACCACUUCCUGCCAGCCCAGCCCAGCCAGAAGCAAGGCCCAGCGCCAAAGAAACGGAGGAAGAGAAGGAACGCACAGAAUCGGGUGAAGAGACGGGCAAUGCAGAAAACACAGAGAGCUCAAGGCAAAGCCGGCCAGUGAAUGUGGGGCAUCUGAGGAUGGCCUCAACCCGAAACGUCACCGAUCCAUGUUCUCCACAGAUGCUGCCUGACCCACAGUUACACCAGCACUCUGUGAAACGUCACCUAUACACAUUCUCCAGAGAUGCUGCCUGACCCACAGAGUUACUCCAGCACUCUGUGAAACGUCACCGAUCCAUGUUCUCCACAGAUGCUGCCUGACCCACAGAGUUACUCCAGCACUCUGUGAAACGUCACCUAUACACAUUCUCCAGAGAUGCUGCCUGACCCGCUGAGUUACUCCAGCACUCUGUGAAAAUGUCACCGAUCCAUGUUCUCCACAGAUGCUGCCUGACCCGCAGAGUUACUCCAGCACUCUGUGAAACGUCACCUAUACACAUUCUCCAGAGAUGCUGCCUGACCCGCUGAGUUACUCCAGCACUCUGUGAAACGUUACCGAUCUAUUAUCUCCAGAGAUGCUGCCUGACCCGCUGAGUUACUCCGCCACUCUGAUCUAAUGUGACCGUUCAGGACUCAGCCCUUCCUAGUUCAAACACCCACACUACACAAGCUAAGCCAAGCCAUGCCAAGCUGGGCCCUCUCCUGGACUGAAUGUAAUCUAACACACCACACAUUCCAGCAGUGGGUUAUCCUUGCCCGGCGAAAACAUGAGAAUGACUUGUGCCAACAUGCAGUGGCAGCACUCGUAUCGCAACCCUUGUGGAGGGGGCGGACAGACUGAAUGAAGGCUGCAGUUAGGCACAAAAAGCUGGAGUAACUCAGCGGGACAGGCAGUGUCUCUGGAGAGAAGGAAAUGGUGACGUUUCGGGUCGAGAUUCUUCUUCAGACCAGAAACGUCACCCAUUCCUUCUCUCUGUCCCGCCCACUCCCCUGACAUCAAUCUGAAAAAAGGUCUCGACCCGAAACAUCACCCAUUCAUCUCCAGAGAUGCUUUCUGUCCCGCUAAAUUACUCCAGCAUUUGUGUCUACCUUCGAUUUAACCCAGCAUCUGCAGUUCCUUCCUACGCAAAUACCAGCACAUCCCACUUGGCUGGGGUUAGAAUCACAUUCCUCACUCAUGUGCACAUUAUAUAAGGGAGGUGUAAAGACUGUUUUCACCGGACAGUGGAAUAAAGCACACAGAAGAGUUUCACUGGA